AUGAAAUUCUUGUGGAUCUUCGCAAUGCUCGUUGGAGCUCUUGGUCAGGUUGCACUCACACCGAAGGCAAUUCUCAUCAAGAAAGUGAACGACCUUGUCACCGGCUUCCUCACCGAACAACAAAUCUCGAAGGCUAUCGACAUCACAGCUUUCGACAUCCAUACGAAUAAGACCACCGAGGAGAUAAUGACAGAUAAUUACAUGAGACCAGCAAAGCUUCGUUCUGGAGCAGCCUUGAUUGAAGGCAUACAUUUACGUUCGGAGGAAUAUUACAUUUUUUAUGUGGCCGAUUUGUAUGAUUACCUGAUAACGGAUUUAAGUUCUGAUCAGCUCAAGACUGUAAACGAUAGCUAUAAAGCUUUGGUUAAGGAUCUCGGAGAAGAGGAAGCUGCCAAUGUGAUGGAGAGAAUCAAAAAAGUCUUUGUGUAUGCUGUUUCUCCUGCUGUAGAUCUGGUACGAGCGAAUGACGCAACACCGGAGCUGGCCUACAUUGCGAUGUCCCGACAAUUGACACCGGAUUUCAUCCACGGAGUCAUCAGUCUAGUCAGAGACACGCUGACACCAGUCGAGUGGAACAGUGUGAAGCAACGCUACGCUUCUAUGCUGAGAAUAAUGUAA